AUGAGCCGGAUCUUGCGAUGGCAGGAAUCGAAAAGCGAGAGGCGCGCGUGCGGCGGCGGUGGCAGGCCCACCGUGCCGCCCGUGGCUGCUGAGCGCAGCAUCACUCACAUGCCACCUCGACACCUCACUACACUAUCCGCCCGCGAGAGCAACAUGCACGUCAAACGCGAGUGCCUCCAGCACAACGAGCAUCGCGGUACUUGCUGCUCGGGCCGCAGUCUGCGCGGGACUAACACUAACCGCGUUCGCUGCUUCCAUCGCUGCCCCCACCCCCACCCCACUCCACUUACACGACUGACGAACUGA